UCAUAUGGUAGUUCACAAGCAUUUGUCACAACAGUUUCAGAGUAUCUGACAGUCUCUUCUAACCUCUUCCAGAUUCCAGGCAUACAUACAUAUGGUAUACAUAAAUACAUCCAAGCAAACACUCCAACACAUAGGCAAACACUCAUAGACUUAAAUAUAUUUUUCAAAAAAUCAUUGAGAAAGAGAGUUGACUUCCAUGUACAGUGGCAAACCACUCUCAAAGUGGGGGAAACUGGGUUACCUAGCACAUUUGCUGGUGAUACAAUCUAUUUGCAGUUGGAAAAACUACUGACUCUACAGGAUCACAGAUGGACAAUUUUAGGAGACGCCCGCUGGACCACAUAGUUGGAAUAAUGACCAUGAUCUUUUUCUUUGCCUUCAUAUGUUUACUGCAUAAUAACUGCAUGAUCAAGGAUCCACCACCAGGAGGGCUCAACAAAGAAAAGAUGGAAGCUAUAUCAUCCUGGUUAUCUAAGGUAUCAGCUGGUCAACCUGAUAUAAUAACUGAGGAUAUUCUAGAAACUCAACCUCUGCUGUUAAACUCAGACCAUAUAUCUGGACCCUCAUGUCAAGAAAAUCUAUCUAUGCCAAACAAUACAAUAAAACCGGAUGAGCCUUCAAGUCUACAAAAGCCUUGCAUACCAUCCAACCCACAAAAUUCAAUGAAAUGUACAAAUACAGAUAAGUCAUCGAUGCCAUGCAGUGUAAAGAAGUCAAACAGAGAAUUCAAUCCAAAAAAGUUAACCAAGUCAUCACAUCCCCAAAGAUUACAUAAGUCAGCUAGCCUGAAUAAGCUAUACAAGAAACACAGCCUUAAAAAAUCACGUAAGCUCGCCCAUACCUGUAAAUUAACUAGUCAAGUCCAUUCAUCCUGCUCAGCGAUGCAAAUCACACCACCCUGGCUAACCACUGUGCAAAUGUCAGCUGCUCUAACCACAAAGCCUUGCCCAUCAGUCUCCAAUAAUCAACAUGUGACCAUCAAACCAUCUAGAAGGAGACCAAACCAGGCACGUGAACGCCGUGAUCUAAAAAAGUCAGUGAGUACAGGAAAGGCUGUGUUACCCAGGAAGCAUUCAUCAUUCACAUUUUGCCAAUAUUAUCAAGAAAAAUGUCUUACUUGUAAUCCUGAUUUUUUUCUCAAUGAUCUUGUGGGGCCAAGGAGGGAACAUGCUGGAAAUCAUUAUGAUUCAAACACAAUGAAGUCAUUCCCCAAGUCCUUUUAUGGAGCACAGUACAAGUACACUGAAAGAGGGUACAAGUACAAAUGUUAUCAAAACAAUGAGACUGAUGAGACUAUGAAAACAUAUGAGAGUGAAGACAGUGAUACAGACAUAGUCAUUAUUUGUGACAAAAGUCAUGAAGAUGACAACAUCUUCUCCACUUACUAAGGACUUAAAACAAUUGAAUCUACAUGUGGAAUACUGGCAUGUAAUCACUGUCAAGAAUAGACAUAUGUUUUGAAGGCAAUUAAAUGCAUGGCACAACAAAUUAUUGGUUGUUGUAUUUAUCACUGCAUCUCAUUGGCACAAGAUUCAUUUGGUGUGUUUUUUUAUAUGUGAUCACUUAAAUGGGAACCAUACAUGUACAUGU